AUGGCUGAAUUCAAAGAGGAAAUGAAGGAAAAAUUUAUUGACUUGAAGACAAAAUCAGAACUUUGUGAUUCGUCCGAAAAUUUAUGUAUUGCUGUGAAUAGAAUCGGGCUUCUCUUUAAAGGCUUCUUUGUUGUCGCAAUUGAUCACUGUCCGGAAAAUGCUUUUAAGAAAGUAAACUCUGAAAUUUCAAUGAAUAACUUUUCUCUCGACCGUGUAGUUCUUUCAUUACCUGGAAAAGCGGUGAAAACUUCCCGCGUCAGAAUAAACGAAAUUCAGGAAAAAAUUCAGGAAAAAAUUAAAACUUAUGGUGAAAAAGUGGAAAUAAAAUCCUGUCGCGAGGAGAAUUUUCCAAUGAAGGAGACAACUUGGGAGUCUCGUACAUCAACAACAACAAAACACAAACAACAAACGGCAAAUGAUUGUCAAGCCAAAGACAUUUUCCAAAAUCUCGUCAGCCUUGAAGUGCAAACUGAAUAUUUCAUAACAGCAAUCACUUCGUUGAAUCACGCUUAA